AUGAAUGGAACUCAUGAGGCUUGUGUUCCGAAUUCCAUGACCUCCUCCUCCUUUCUGCCACUAAACAACGCAACAUGGCAGAUUCCUCAUCAUCCUUUCUCCCCCCACAGCAGACAUCCAUCAUUGUCCUCCAGCCAUCCCUUUCAGGGCAGCAGGCCACCCCAUUACCAUCUCCUUAAUUCCACCUCCCACAGCUCGCCUCCAUCCACCACCGCCACCACCAUGAGACCUUCUUCCGACGCCGUCCGCAGCUUCUUCUCCUUUCUCUCCUCCGGUCUCGAUGAGCUCGACCGCUGCCUCGCGUCGAACGCCUUCAUGUCUCUCCAUGUCCUGCAGCGAGCCGUCGCCCUCCUCCGAUCCCUUAACUCCCAGCUCGUCAGCCUGGUGCAGAAGCUCCGCCUGCCCCCCGGCGAGAGAUGGCUCGAUGAGUACAUGGACGAAAGUUCCCUCCUUUGGGAUGUCUGCCAUGUGAUCAAGCUCGGCAUCUCAGGCAUGGAGAGUUACAACUCCCAUGGAGCUCACGUGGUCUCUUCCCUGGAAGAGUGGCGCCGGAAUCCCAAUCCCCACCUCACCCUACAGGUGACGAGGGCGAUCUCCGUUUGCCGGAGAGAAGCUGUGCGGCUGGAAGAGGAGAACAGGGUGCUGGUGGAGACAAAAACCAAUCCAGCUUCGCUCCGGUUCGACGACGAGAGAGUGCUCACGGAUUCCAGGCUCAACGGAUUCAAUGGCUUCAGAGGAGUGCUUUACGCGCUGAGGAACGCGAGCUCGCUCCUCUUGCAGAUCCUGCUGUGGGGAUCAGUCUACUGCAGUCCCGAGCAGGGCGUCUUCCACGGCCCAGCGUGCUCCAGCUCAGCGUACGCGGUCUCAGUGGCACGGCUGCGACAGAGGCUGCACGGCGAGGUGGAGGGACUCGGCGGCCGACCAGGAAUCCUCAUGCACGAGUUCCGGGCGGCGAGGGCGUCGGCCGAAGAACUGCGAGAAGAGAUGGAGAAGGGUGAGACUGAGGGACGCGAGCCGGAGGGCACUGCAGGGAGAGGGAGUGGUCUCAGGGAGAAGGUGGAGCGAUUGAAGGGAUGGCUGGCGACGCUGAGGUCCGGGACCGAGAACCUUGUGGCGCAACUGGAUGACCUGUUUGAUGAGAUUGUGGAGGGCAGGAAGAAGCUACUGGAGAUCUGCAGCCACCAUUAAAGCUCAAAAGCAGGCAGAAGUAGAACCAGAGAGAGGAAAGAAGACGACUUUGGCUGAUAGUCUUCUUCUAGCUAUUGAUUCAUGAAAGAGAAUUACUAGUCCUCCAUGGAAACAGAACAAGAUCAAGUAUAUUGGAAUUUGUAGACAUCUUUUCUUA